AUGGACGUCAACGACCUUUCUGUCCAGCAGUUGGCAGAAGUGCGCCAGCAGCUCGAAGCAGAGCUAGAGCAUUUAUCAGAAUCAUUCACGCAAUUACGCCAGGCCCAGGUAAAAUUCAGAGACUGUAUCGACUCGGUGAAAACAGCCUCGUCCCAGGGUCAGGAAGGGAAGGAUAUUCUUGUGCCUCUCACGUCGUCAUUGUAUGUUCCAGGACAAAUGAAAAACAUUGACAAGUAUGUUGUCGAUGUAGGCACUGACUACUUUGUCGAGAAAAACUCCGCAGAUGCCAUCAAGCUGUUCGAGGGUAAAUGCGAGACCCUGAACAAGAAUCUAGUUGAUCUCGACAAGCUGGUCAACGAAAAAAUGAAAGGACUGCAAACCGUUGAGGAGAUCUUCAAAAAGAAGUACGCCGAAACCCAAAAGGCUGCACCAAAGCCCGAAUAA